AUGACGGCACGACAAGCAUUCACCCAGGCUAUGAUGAAAUGUGGUGAGAUGGAUAUUGAAGAUGCUUACAUGCUGAUUCGCCAAUAUCCAGAAUACAUGGAUGUGGAAGCCGUUGAGUGGGAGAGGAACAAGCCUAUGAUGCUCAUGAAACUGAUUCAAGAGAUCCAGACCAACAUCUCGGAGUUUGGAUUCCAGUUGGAUGUCGUCAAGAACUCUCUGAACGAAGAAACGCGAUGCUUGGUGUGGUCGUCAAAGGACGACUCCACUGCUCUGCAGGACACUUCGGGUAUUGAUGUGGAGAACCUACUUGUGGUCAAGUUCAUUCGGGAGUUCAUCAGCUAUCUGUUUGAGCGGCAAUUGAUUGGUGGAGUGGAUGACAAGGGUGUGUAUGCUCUCGAAGACGAUUUGUCUAUGAUUUUGGCUCGUCUAGGAUCCAUCAACCAGGCCAACACUGCCAUCAGUUUGCUGGUGGAGGAGAAGUGGCUGUGGAAGGCCCAUGGCAACAAGUACUACUGCACCAUGCGGUUUUACCAGGAGUUCAAAGACUAUCUUGAGCUAAACCGGCCUUUUGAGGAGAUGAACGAGCGUCUUCAGUGGGCCAAGUCGAAGGCUGGUUAG